UCAGCACGAGGCAACACAAUGCUAAAGUUAACAUUAUUCACCAUAUUUAGUGCUAUUUUUUGUGCCGAAACUUGUUACGGCCUCGACAUAAAAAAAUGUAAAGAGGAGGAUAUCAAAUGCGUCACAGCGAAUUCGCAAGCUCUUUAUGAUUUGACAAUUAAAGGUGAUCCCAAUUUGGAAAUAGAACCUGCAGAUCCCAUUUAUCAUAAUUCGAUUGAUGGGAAUCUUUCUAUAAUCAAAUACACCCUAACAAACACUUCAAUUACGGGAUACAAAAAAUGUAAACUUAACUAUGCUCAGUUGUCUUUGGCAAAAUCUUUUCUGGAAUUCAACUUACUUUGUCCGGAAAUCCAAGUACACGGCUUAUACGAAAUUGAUGGUAGACUUAUUGUUUUACCAGUGCAAGGCAAAGGAGACUUUAAGCUCGAUGCCCGCCGGUAUAACAUCACGAUACAUGCUGAAAUCAAAACAGUCAAUGGUAAUGACGGAAAAUCUUAUUUAGCGGUGAAGAAUUUUAAUAUUAACGCUGACAUCAUUGACGGAAUCGAUUUUGAUUUGACUAACCUUUUCAACGGACAAAAAGAAUUAGCGGAACCAGUCUUGCAGUUCGCACGUGAAAAUUGGAAGGAAGUAGCGAAAGAACUCCAGGGCCCGAUCCUAAAUAUAGCUAUCAAGCGCCUUAUCAAAAACUUAAACAAGCUUUUGAAAACUGUGCCAGUCGACCAGAUGCUUAUAUCUAAUUAAAAUGCAAAAUAACAUACAAAUGUGCAGAGUUCUAAAUGUGAACAAAACUAGAUUUACAAUUUUAUGUCUAGUUUAUUUUUAAA